CUGGCACGCCGUGAAGAUGGCCGCGGUCUGGUAGGAAACGAAAGUUGUGGUCUCUGUUUUCAUUAAAAAAGUGAUUGUGAAACUUUAUUAAGAAACUCUAUUGCAACCUUUAACCAUUGUUAGUGAGAGAAUGUAUGCAGAUUAGCUCUCGAAUCUUCAAGUUCCAUUUAAAAACUCGUAUAAAAGUAUCUCGAGAGAAAUAAGUUCAAGAAAACAGUGUUUAUGAAGAAACCUAUGUGAAUUAAUAAAAUUUAUUUGAAUUUGGUAUCAGUUGAAAAGUUAAAAAUAAAAACGACGGCUGAUUAGACGACGGGUCGGUAAUAUAGUGCGAUUUGCGAAUUUUGACUCGGCAUGCGUGCAACUACCUGUUAAAAUUUAGUACAGUGAACUUAUUGUUUACGAAUUUUUUUCGAAAAUAAACAACUGUUAAUUAAAUCCACGACUUUUAUUCGCGAAAAUUAUGGAACUAUACAAUCAAAAUAUGCAUUUAGACAACGUGCACAGAUAAAAUUCGCUUUAUAAAACUCGAAAAUAACUAUUUUGUUUAAUAAACAUUUUAUGAUCUCAUUUGAGGUUAUGUUGAUAUACGGGGUGUUGUGAUAUUCGGGUGUAGUGGUGAGAUGUGAUUGAGAAAAGACACACUGGAUCGUGGGGUACCUGGCCCAGGGGGUUGCCUUGACGGCGGAGGGAACGUACCCCAGGCCCCCGUCGUCCCUCAGCCCCCGGGAUUGUCCAUUCAUAGUAGUGAAGUUACACCAAAACAAGCCCUUGUUGAAAGACUUCGCCGUCGCAUGGAGGGCUAUCGGCGGCGGCAAAACGACUGCAUGCCGCGCUUCGAUCAGUCGUUCAACGGUCUGUGCGAGCAGAAUCUACAAGACACGUUGCACCUGAAGCAGCGCUAUCUGGACACCAAGGCCAAGAGAGUACCCAAGACCAAAGAAAAAAAGCACCAGGACUCUUCGAUACAGAGCAGUGUGCACGUUCAAAAAUUCCUGAAACGGUCCGCCGAGGAACUGGACCAAGGAGGCGGCCAGAACGACAGUUUCGAACCGCCCGUGAAACUCCAGUGCCCCAACGAAGGUCUGACCAAGUUUUCCGUCGAAAUCGUCCAGCAGCUGGAGUUCACGACAUCCACCGCCAGUUCGCAACCCCAGCAAAUAUCGGCGAACGUCACUGUAAAAACGCACGCCAAUGCCUCCAUCAAGAGCGACGUUUCUUCGCCGAAAUCGAAUCCCGAUCAUCAGAAGAGCAGCGGAGCGUCCAAUAUCGGUCUGGACGUGGGCACUCUGGUGGAAUGCGUGAAACAGGAACCGGACAACGAUUUCGCGGACCUGGACCAGUGCGCGGCGGCCCUGGAAAAGGACGCGGCGGCGAACGGCGGUGCCGGUUUCGGGGGAUUCCCCGAUCUCAUCGGCGACGACACCAACGACGAGAUCAUCUCGUCAGCCACUUUCAACGAUCUCAUCUCCGAUAUCUCCAACUAUCCCGAUUACGAAUUGAUGAAGGAUUUCGAUUUCGAAGACACCAAAUUGGACGCCAAGUCGGAGGACAUUAAGAACAUUCCAAUACAAGAAAUCAAACCAUCGAAUCAAAGUCCCCAUUUGCAACAACAAAAUAAUCAAAAUCAGCAGCAGCAACAACAACAACAGCAACAAAACUCCAACUCCAGGGGGAUGCCCUCAGGGUAUCCCAAUAUCGAUUUCCCAAAGACUGAACUUAGUCCUGCUGCUCAAACCUUGAAGCAAAUGGCCGAACAGCACCAACACAAGAGUCAAAUGGGCCUAUCAUUUACUGCCGCGAGAUCGCCAUACGGGGAAUUCCAAUUCCAGGGCAGCGAUUAUGGAAGCCCAAAUUCGAUACACAAGAACAGUCCCGGAUUCCCUCAACCCGAUAUGAUCAAGCAAGAAAUGAUAUUCCAGAAUAGUGAAUACGAUAUGAAACGUAAAAACGCCGGGAUCUACAAACAACAAUACUCACCCUACAGCAGUCCCAGCGCUAGCAGUCACGGCAGCCCUGGGUAUCUACCUAGAAACGCGCCGCCUCCAAAUGCGCCCAAUUCGGGGGCUUUCGGAGGCGGUACGCCGCCCAGGCCGCCGUCGGGUCCCGGAGGCGGAAAUAACUCAAAUUCUGGCGGUACUAACGUGCAGAUUAACCAGGCGCAGCAGUUGAAUAUCAGCCAGCAAAACCAUGGUCACACGAUACAGGUAACUGCAGGUCAACAUGUCCACCUCUCCGGAGACAUCAAGGGCAACGUAUCGAUCGCCGCCCAACAAGGAAUGCAUUUUACGCAUCAAUCGCCCCAAAGCAACUCCCAACCCCAAUCUGGUUCAAAUUCAAACCACCACAGUCCGAUGUCGACGCCCCAACACCAAGGCUCUCCCAUGUCGAACGGAGUUCCCUCUCAGGGUCCUAUGGGUCACCAAACCGGGCCUCAGAUGUCGGGAGGGAACCUGCAGAUGUCCGGUGGUCCGAUGGGCCCCGGUAUGCAGGUACCAGGUGGUAUGGGUGGAGGAAAUAUGGCGGGUAACGACAUGGGCAAUAAUAUGUCAGGUCCAGGCAACAUGGGAAUGCCCGGCCCCAAUAUGGGACAACCAAACAACAUGAACAGCAAUCUAGGAGGACAUGGUGGUCCACCUGGAUCCAUGGGCGGUAUGCAGCAUCCUGGGAUGCACAACGUGGGAGGAGGCAUGGGCGGUAAUCACAACGACACUUACUCCAUGUCCCAGACGCAAACCAUCAACUUUACCCACCAAACGCUGAGGAGAGCCGCCAACCAAGGUAUGCCGAAUCCAAUGGGUGGCCCUUCCCCGAUGUCCGCCCCAGGACCGAACAACCAAGGUCAAGCCGGUCCCGGCGGAAUGGGACCCCGAUUAAUGGCAGCUCAAAGUAUCGAGCAACAAAAAUUGCUGCAUCAGCAACAAAUGUUAAGGGCGCAACAGCAACAAGUCGCUAUGCAGCAGCACAUGGUUAGGCCGCCACCGCCUGACUAUAAGUCGAGCGCUGGAUUGAUGCAGGGGAUGCAGCCGAGGUAUGCCGCCCCUGCGCCGCCUCCCAAUAUGAGGAGAAUGCCCAUGCAAACAAUGCCACCUUCAGGACCAAUGAUGAGAUCCAACAUGUACAUGAUGCAGCAGCAACAGCAGCAAAUGCCGCCCCAACAGAUGCCCCAGAGAGCGGCUCUGUACGCCCGACAGCAAGGACCAAUAGCGAGCAUGGAAUCCAUGCAACAUAGCUCGGAAUGGAGGCAUCUGCUAAUGUCCCAGCAACAGAACACCAACUUCAACACCAUGAGGCCCAAUUUCCAACAAAACUUUAACAUGAACUCGAAUAACAUGCAACAACAGAUGACGGCGUUGCAGCAUCAGCAACAGCUCAGGAAUCAGCAAGCCAUGGUGUCUGGUGGCGGUGUUGGAAGCCAGCAAGGUAUGAGUGGCCCUGCAGGCAUGAGUCAGGCUCAAGUUAUGGGUCAAACCAACAAUCCCAUGGCGCAAAUGAACAACAUGAACCAAGCCAUGUUGCAUAUGCAACAGCAACAACAACAGCAGCAACAACAACAGACCAUGAUGCAACAACAAAAUUCGCAUAUGUCAAUGUCCAACAUCCACAUGCAGCAAUCUCAAUCGAUAACCGUAAAUAACCAAUCCCUUCAGCAAUCUCAGCAGAUCCAGCAACAGCAGCAGCAAGGCAUGCCCAGUCACAACCAGAUGACCUCAGUCGUCCCCAACAACCCCCAAAACUCCCAAAAUUCCCUCGCUUCCAGUUUUAACCCCCAGUCGGACUUCAAUUUCGAGUUUCUGGACAAUCUGGCAUCGGGGGACGGCGCACCUUUUACCGAUCAGGAGCUACUCAGUUCCUUCGACAGUGAUGCCGGUUUUACUUUAGAUUUCUAGACGAUAUAAUUUAGGAUUUAGUGUCCCCACAGAUAUUUUUUAUAUUUGUACGAUGGAGCUUGGCAACAAUCGGAAAAUUUGUGACAUUUGACAGAUGAUAGGCUGUCAAAAAUCGAAAGACGUUCUUCGACAAAAUGCGGGUUGACAGUUGAUAUUUAGACAAAGUUUAACGAUUUGAUUAUAACUUCCUUAUUUUGAUAAUAAGAUGUGACUGGCUGAGCAAAUUAAGAAGAAGUAUAGUACAGUGUGAGCUACAUAAUUUUCAUCUAGAGUUGGCCAAGGAACUUACAACGAGUGCGUUAGAAAUGCAAAACAGUUUUAUCAGUAUUAAUUAUUUUUAGUAUAAUUAAUUCGUUAUUAAUUGGUUAUUAUUAAGUAAUUAAUGUGAAAUUAAAUGAGUCAUUGAUGAGAAAUUAAUGAAUUAAAAUCCGUCAGAUUUAUACGUGUCCGAUAGGCAAAAGUAGAUAAUGGCGACUCAUUUAUCUGUCAGAAAUAAAAAUUAUGGCAUGAUAAAAUCUAAAAUGAACCAUAAUACUCUGGCCAUUACUAUUUACUUUUUUUGUCCCGAUAUGUACGAAGUAGGCGUGCUUUUCAGAUUUUUAACUACUUUUAACGAACAGUUUAAAACACGUAUAUCAUACACUGUACUUAUUUUGUAAAAUUUCUAGUGACAGAAUGGACAGAGGUCACUGACAAGUCGACGUAGUGAUCUGUUGAAUAUCAGCUGUCAAUUUGUGUGUCGCUAAAACUGACAUUUUAACGAGGCAUAAAAAUAUGACAUGACACAUCGAUAAUGUGUUUAUGCGCAGUUGCCGGUUCUAUCGAUCCAAAAGAUUAAAUUGUUGAUACUUUUUUUAUAUUAUAUAAAUAUAUAUUUUUGUACAUAAUUUAUAUUUAAACUAUGGUUUAUGUUUUUGUACUUCCAUUGUUUUUUAUAGUAUUUUUCUCAUUUUUUUAAAUGUUUAUCAAAGCUCUCCAGAUAUUUGUUUUAGCAUUGAUGAUUUUAAAGCAAUAUGAAGAAUUUAACCAGUCAGUAAAUAAUGUUUUUUUAAUUCCAGUUUCAUUAUUUGGCCAAACCAUGACCUUCGAGAUUUUUAUACAAAAAGAUAAUUUACUGACUAGUUAAAAAACAUUUGAAUCUCUUGUUUCGAGAUUAACGAAUUUUUAUAAAAUAUUUAAUAUUCUUUUCUCAAAAACAAUUAUUAAUGACGCCAAAUUAUUAGAUAAAUAACAAAAAAAGGAAAUAAAUUCUACUACACCAAUAAAAAAAUUGUUUUAAAUAAUAAAAUAUACGGGGUAUGUCAAAAUUGUAUUCGUAUUAGUUGGUGAAACUAAAAAAAUAAUGUGUUCAUUUCAAUUAAGUUUAGGUGUAUUAGUUAUUAAAUCGCCCCGUAUAGAAGCCAAUGAUUCGUUUCUAGGAGUUUUAGUGAAUAUAUACUGAAAUUUAGGUAUACAUAAGACUGAUUUUAAUAAUUUUUUGUUUGUGAUGGAUGUAGUUGAAUUUAUUUUUUUAAACUUAAAAGAAUUAUGAAUUUAUUCUAAAUGUCUAGUGAAAAUUUGGAUUACAAAAAGCUUGUAUUUUCUUAAGUACAACUUUAAUUAUUUUUCUAAACGUAUUUAUGAGUUAUAUGCGGUUUUUUUGUCCAUAUCAUUUUUUCAUAAUUUUUUUCAAUUUCAGACAAAGUUAAUAGAAUUUCUGAGCGUUUUUCAUGACAAUUAUUAAACACUUUUUUAUUGCAUGCAUUAGUCAUUUUGUUUUACCUGGAUUACUAGUUAAAAAAUCAAAAUAUUAUUUCUGUAGUCCAAACUUUUCACAGAUGUUUUUAUGAUAAAAAACAAAAUCUCGCCUAUUCAAGGCACCUGGGAAUCAAUUUUUCUAGUAAUUAAAUGAACAUCCUGUAUAUAUAUUAUAUGAACGUUAUUAAGUACAAGCAAUGUUGACAUGGGUUCACCGAGACACACUCACAUAUUCUAAUAAUUAUAUAAAGAUAAUGUAGGUAAUAUUUUAGAAAAAUUUUUCGAAUGAACAUUUUAGAAUAGAAAUCAAUUUAAAGUUUCAAUAUAUCACAAUUCAAAGUAGAUUCGAAUGAAAUUAAGCUAAUGGUUAAUUAUUAACGUACAUUUUUCUCCACUUGAAAAUAUCACAUUUAACUAAACAUGGUUUUAAAUGUAAAUACGAAAUGGUAUUUUUUUUUUUUAGUUUGUCAGUAAAAAUGGUCUUCAUAUAAAGUUGAUUAGUUAAAAUAUUAAUAAGCAACAUGGGCUCUCAUAACUGCGAAACAAAUUUCUUUCAAUAGAAUACAUGUAUCAAUUAAUCGUUGCCAUUUUAAAAAUAAAACUGGUGCUUCAUACACAUUAUUUUUGUCGAUGGGAAUUAUAUUUAUCUCCUUGGGAAAACGAUUUAGGAAUUCCUUUUUAUUUAAGAAAUAUUACACAAUUUGGCUUCUGUUAAGGCCUGUUUUUUUAUCAACCGGAGACUCAACCUUUUCACCAAAUGCCUUCAUAAAUUAUUUACGGAUUUCAGAUUUGUUAGAUCGAGUAUUCAUUUAUUACCGUUGGGUUCACCAGAAUUGCAGAUCUAUCCACCGAUGUUUUGAUAGGUUGCCAAAUAUCGAAGAAUUGUGAAAAAUGACAGCUUAACAUCAAAAUUAAUUUCAUCCAUAUUAAAUUUUUCGAUGCAAUAGUGCGCCAUCAUAAAACACAAAAACUAAAUCGAACGAAUAAUAAACAGCCCUGUAAAAAAUGACAAAUAACAAGAAAUAAUGCCGUUUUUUAUUAGCAAAAAUCAUUCCAUUGUUAACCAAUCUAUGACGUCAUGUGACAGGCUUCAAUUAUGAAUUUUAGCUGAAAAAAAAAACUACUGUAUUAGGCAUUCCAAAGAGAAGAAGUGUCGAUGGGAAGAUUUGGUAUGCCUAAAGGGUUGCAGCAUACGAUGUAUUCUAUUUAAAAUACGUGAUACUAUAAAUAAUGGAUUAAAUUUAAAUAUUUUAUGUUGAGCAAAAUGAAAAUAGUAUUUAUAAAAACCCUCUAUACAUUUUUCAUAAAUUGGCAGGCUUGGCGAAUACUAUUUCGAAUAAAAAUAGUGUCCAAGAUACAACCCUCUUAAAUAUAAGAGCCCUUGCCACUGACAGCUAUUGUUUGAUAGGUCGUUGAAAUGUCAAAUCAAGCUAAGCUAUUCAUAGGACAAAACUAACCUAGAAAUAAAUUAUUAAAAUGGCAAAAAAUAUUUUUUCUUCAGGUUCCGACAACAAAUUUCGAUAAUUAAAUGCUGUUCAGAAUAAUAGAUUAAUUGAAAAUAAUUGAUUUAAAAAAAAAUAUAUAUUUUGCCUACCCCUACUAAAGUGAGUACUUUUUCAAAAUUUUGACAUCCUUAACCUUCACCUGGCCUCGUCGAGUACGUACAAACAUCACGCUCUUUCUAGUGGAUUUUCGAUAUCUAAAUCUUUAAAUCAAAACUCGUAACGACAUCUAUCGAUAGUCAAGGGAUAUACUUUUAUACCUAGGCUAGUGGGAUAGCGCUAUAAAAAUAAAUACCUUUUUUUAAAGAAUUAUUAUUCUUUUAUAGUGAUGUAACAGAAGAAGAAGCAGUUAAAAUUCCAGCCGUUUUUAUCGAAAAACAAAAAAGUUAUUUUUUUUUUUUGUAAAAAAACGCAUUUUUUCAAGUUUUCCAGUUUUCCGGAUUUUUUAUGAACGCUGAUUUUUAUUUUUUCAACUCGGACUAUUCUACAGUUUAAAGUGGUAUCUAAAGAGGAUCUCUAAAUUUUUUUGAGACUAAAUAAUCAAUAUUUCAAUUUUUACAAAGAUUUUUAUCACUGGGGUUCGUACGUACCCCACGAGUCUAGGUAUGUUACUCAGGAUGAACAUGCGAGGUGAAGGUUAAUAUUAUAUGGAGCCAUUUUAGUCUAUUUAACGAUGUCGCCCUAAAACGUCAAAUUAAUUUCUGUAUGAUAGGUUUCUCUGUACCAGUUGUCAUCAAAACUAUACACUAGGCGUUUUCGGAAUCCUACUAUAGAUAACAAAUCCAGAUUACUGAGUUUACUCGAUGGAUCACAGAACUUAGUGCCAAUAGUUUACGAACGAGUUCAAUUAUUGUUCCUGUUUAUCUAUGUUUGUAAAUCUUUGACUUUUCCGAGUAACUGUUAAUAUUAUAAAACCUUAUUUGUUAAAGAACCAUUUUAAUUAAACAUUGUAGUUUGACUAAAAAUGUAGCUAUAUGGGUUUUAAGUAAUUAAAUGUAAAAAAAAAUCAAAGCCACUAUUGGCAAACACCAGACACCAAAAAAUUGCGUUAUCCCUUUAUAAAAUCCUGCGGAUCAAUUACCAAUCUACUCCCAAAGUGGAUCACAAAUAUUGAUCUCGAUCACAAAACUGGAUCAGUAAUUCACUAGUUUCCGAAAACGGAUAGGGUUAGUAACCCUGUGUAAACGAACAAUAGGAUCCAUAAUCUUUCUGAUUCGAGUAAGUUUCCAAAAACGCCUAAUGUCAUGUGCCAACAUAACUACUUGGUUUCAUUUAUUCAGCAGUCGACAAAAUAAUUUUGCGUUUCAGGGAUAUUCCACUGCAAACGUCAAGUUUAUUCCUAUGUUGACAAAUGACGGUCACAGAUAAUAGGAAUGCUAAUUGAGAAAAUUGACAUUUGACAAGAUCGGAUAGGCUGUGAACUUUAUUAGAUCCACAGUAUUAUAACGUAUUUGUAAAUUCACCUGAAGAUGAUACUAAUGACCAAAAUGUUGUGAAAAAUUAGUAGAAUUUUACUUACUAGUUUCAAGGCAUAUACAUUGACAGGACAUUGGGAAUAACUUUUUAAAUCAGACUGAGAAAGUCAAUUUCUUUUCAAUUUGUAUUUGAAAAAUACGUACUUUUACCAAGAUAGACUCAGUUGUCGAUUUUCAAACAUUUUUACAUAGGUAAUUUAACCAAGAAAUUAAAAUUAGAAAAUGUGAUAUUUUUAAGUGAAACGUACAUUUUAACAUUUUAUAAAAAUAUUUUGAAUGGUUUAGAAUUAAAAAAAAAUCGAUUGAAUUUAUCACAACCAAUUUUUUAACAUUUUUUUUUUGUCAUUCCUGAAGAUAAAUAAAGGGUUAUUCUUGGACUAUAACACGUUUUUAGUUAAAAGCGUCAAUUUAUAUGUAAUUUGGAUAGUCUUUGUAAUUUUUUUUGUAUUUUUUUAUUUUCUUGCUAAGUUAAAAAAAAAUUUUUUAAACAAAAAUAUAUAUAAUCCAGGGCAAUAUAGUCAAAUUCGAUCGCCAAUAAAUUCUUGACCAUUCGAUAUAUAUUUAUUAAAUAUUAAAAAAAAAAACUUGUAUAAUAAAAAACGCGUUUUAUUUGAAAUACUUCCAGUUUUUAUACAUUCCAGUUUUGAUUUUUGUAUUUCCAGUUUUUGCCAGUAUUUUUUUCAAUAAUAAUUGAUCGCAUUAAACACACAGUAUUUUUUCUCAUUUUGCAUGGACUCAAAAAAGCAAUUUUGAAAUUUCGUGCCAUAUAAAUUUUUUUAUUAAAUUUUUAAAAAUAAUAUAUUUCGCUGCCAAAUUAAAAAGAAAUCUUUAAAAUUACAAUAUUUUCAAAAUUUUGAAUAGUAAAAAAUGAGAUUUCAAAAAAAAUUUUUGAAAAUUUUCAUGUUUACGUUUUUUUCUUAAAUAAAUGUGACAUCCUGUAAAACGAAUUGUAAUAACUAUCAUCACACUUUUGUUUUAACAUCAGCGUCCAUGUAUUUAUUUUGUGUAUAUUAAUAUUUUAUACCUAUUUUGUUUUUUUUUAUUCAUAAUUAUAUGUACUUAGAAAAAUUAAAAUUGUUAUAUUCUAAUUUAUACAGACAUGCAAGAGUUUAUAAUGAGAAAUAUAUUCCAUGUUUUGUAGAUUUAUCAUAAAUGCAGGUGAUUAUAUAUAAUAAAU